AUACCGGAUUUCGGCAUACCUUAUGUUGUUGUUGUUGUUGUCGUUGUCGUUGUCGUUGUCGUUGUCGUUGCCGUUGCCGUUGUCGUUGUCGCUGUCGCUGUCGCUGUCGUUGUCGCUGUCGUUGUCGUUGUCGUUGUCGUUGUCGUUGUCGUUGUCGUUGUUGUUGUUGUUGUUGUUGUUGUUGUUGUUGUUGUUGUUGGUGAUGUUAGUGUUGUUGUUGUUGAUAGCAGUGUUAGUGUUGUUGUUCGUAUUUCGUACGCGUUAUUGUUGUCGUGUGAGUUUGUUGAUUUAAGUAGAAUGCAAAUGUAGUGUAUAUCAACAAAGUCAUCAACAUGAAAAUUGGUAUAGGUAAUCAUGCGAUGGCGAGCACAAUUAGGGAUUAAUAGUACGAGUGAUGUUUGGAAAUUUUGCCAAGAUUAUUAUAGCAUAUUAGCAUGACAAAAUUGGAUACUUCUCAAUGUCAACAUCAUAUUCUCUCGCCAAAGCCGAGUCCUGCUAGACUUUCAACCAAAAUUUGGUGCUUUUGUUCGUAUUUUCAUUUAGUUCUUUUGUUAAAGCAAAAUUUGGUGCUUUUGUUCGUCUUUUCAUCUAGUACGUCUAGGGCAAUUUCAUUUCACAUUUGUGUUUAAAGUACCUUUGCGCCAUUUUGUUUGUUUUGGGAAAAUCAUUAAUUGUACUGCAGUACAAUUAAUGAAAUAAUUGUAUUCCUCUCAACCAAUCAGCAUCCAGUAAUUUUGUCAUGCUAAUAAUAAUCUUUAUAAUUCACAUUUAUUCUUUGUUAAGGUUGGAAACGAAAUCGUGUGUAAUGUCAAAUCGACGGAGAACUUUUCAUUGUUAAAUUACAUCGUAAGUUGAGAAUAUAUUACUUACUUGUAAGGGUACGAAUUGAUCGCUUACAAACUUUUGUAGACCAAAAAAUUAGCGGCCGACAAUUUCACGGAAACAUUUGUAGGUCAAAUUUGAAUUUGUGGCUCAAAACUGGCAUGACAUACAAAUGUAAAAAUGCACAAUUUGUUGCAGACUUGCAAACAAGUUGUUACAAGCUGCAGUACCCACGUAAAAACGCACAAGUUGUUACAGGUCUGCAAACAAGUUGUUACAAAUCUGUUCAAAAGCUGUCGACAAGUUGUGUUCGCACUGCUUGUUACCAGUUGUUGUAACAAGUUUGGAACAAGCUGUUAAUAACUUGUAACAAGCUUGAUGGCAUUAUCAGACUUGUUACAAGGUUGUUCUAACAAGUCUGAUACAGUCAUGAUAUAACAAGAAUGUUACAAGAUUGACGACACAAGGUUGUAACAAUAUUGUUAUAUCAUGACUGUAUCGGACUUGUUGGAACAACCUUGCAACCUUGUCUGAUAAUAUCAACAAGGUUGUUACAAGUUGUUAACAGCUUGUUCCAAACUUGUUGACAACUUGGGACAAGCAGUGCGAACACAACUUGUUGACGGCUUGUUGGCAGACUUGCUACAAGAUGUGAGAUUUUGCGUGUGUUGUUACAGAUCUCCAAACAAGUUGCAACAAGAUUGUUGUCAAGCCGAUAUCAGGAUGUGUUCGCACUGCUUGUUCCCAGUUGUUGUGACAAGUCUGGAACAAGUUGUUAUCACCGUGUUACAAGGUUGAUGACAGUAACAGACUUGCUACAAGUUGUUCCAACAAGACUAAUACAGCCUGUAUUCGUAACAAGUUGCUACGAGCUUGUUGUCGUCAACUUGUUAACAACUUGUUACGUGCAGACGAUAUCAGACUUGUUGGAACAACUUGUUGCGAGUCUGUUGGCCUCAUCAACCUUGUUACAAGAUGAUGAUAACAACUUGUUCCAGACUUGUCAAAAACUGGGAACAAGCAGUGCGAACACAUCUCAUUGACAAGCUGUGAGAGUUUUAGGCGUGUACACUUAUUGAAAGUUCUUAAUUCGCGCCCUGAUUAACCUAUCAAUAUUUGUUUUCUCAUUAUGACAGAUUCUCUCGCGAGGCAAUACUGUGAAUUCAAGCACAUUCGUUCAGAAUCCUUCGGCUAAGUCAAGCACCUUGAAGUUCAUAGCUACCAGUAUCAUGUCGCCUUCUGCAAAGAUCGUGGUGUAUUUUGUACGCAACGAUGGGGAACUUGUCGCUGAUAGUGUCACAAUUAAAGUGAACGGAGCAUUUGAAAAUGAGGUAGGUAUAGUAAAACCAAGGAAUCCGCUUGACUCCCUGAUGUUAUUCAUACUAAAACUAAUUUUCAGGAUAGGUUGAGUUCUUGUUAAUAUUUUUUGGGGGGUUAGCCUCUAUGGAUAUAUAGAGGAUAUUACACGGCGGCGCGAAGAUAUGACUUUUAUCUUCGAGUGGUGAAAACAAUAUUUCACGAACGAGCGCAGGGAGUUAGUAAAAUAUUGUAAUUUUUUUUAACACGAGAAGAUAAAAGUCAUAUCUUCAAGCCACCGUGUAAUGGUCUGUUUUUUAUAUAGUCCCAAGCACAAACUUGUGAAAUUUCGCACUCAAAGCAAAUUGGAAAAAGUCACGUGAUCGAUAUCUUCACUAGUGAAGAUAUGGAAAAUAUCUCACUGUGUAUUUCUCAGUAUCUCACUCUCUACUAUAUAUUAAAGUUGGCUAUCUGAUAUUUAUAAUUUUUUCUGUGUUGGUGUUGUGUACUCGGGUUAAUAUGUUUGUGAUGCUACUCUGAGUGUAUAUCCACACCGGGCGAGCUUGAAAAAUAUGCCCGGCCACGCUGGAAAUCGAACCUACGACCUUUGGAAUACUAGCCCAAUGCUCUGCCAACUGAGCUACGCGGUCAGGUCGGUUCGAGUAAGUGAUAUUUUCGAACCGACCAGACCGCGUAGCUCAGUUGGCAGAGCAUUGGGCUAGUAUUCCAAAGGUCGUAGGUUCGAAUCCCACCGUGGCCAGGCAUAUUUUUCAAGCUCGCCCGGUGUGGAUAUACACUCAGUGUAACAUCACAAACAUGAUAUUUAUAGCCUGGUUAUUUUCGAAAACGACGCACUAUUUCGUAAAACUGAUUUAGUUAUUUGCCAACUUAAAUCUUGAAGUUAUUAUUACUUUCUGGUCAUAUGUUUAAAUGAGUUCUAAAUUUUAGGUCUCAGUCCAGUUCAGUAGCGCUCAAACGAAGCCAGGAAAACCUGUGAAUGUGAACGUGAAAGCCUCGCCAUUUUCUCAAGUUGGGCUGUUGGCAGUUGACAAGAGUGUUCUUUUGUUGGAUAAAGGAAACGAUUUCUCCGUGUCUCAG